AUGUCCUCAAACUCGAGCCUCGAUCCCGAGUCGGACAGCUUCGAGAGCCGGCCCGUGUUUUAUAUUGGGCAGCAUGACUCGACUCGGAAGGAGGCGCUCACGGACGACCAAUACACGCAGGUCCUAAACAGUGGAUUCCGCUUCGUUACCGCACCCAUCACCAACCAACAUUUCUAUGACCGGGUUGUGGAUCUGCAUAGGGGGUACCUCAAGGAGCGAGAGCAGUGGACAGGAAGCCAGCAACCCAACCCGUCUCUGCCGGGACCGGUUGUGCCGACUCUGACUGACAAGGACACCGCCUUGUACCCCAGCAACUACCUCAGCUCCCUUGCCCUGUACUGUAGUCCUUGGAUCGACCUGUGCUCCCCUGACCCGCACAUCUCGAGCAUCUCGCGCCAGGUGCUGAACCUCGAGGCCGCGUAUGCCAACUUCUGCGGCGCCAGGACGAUCGUUGUCCCUGGCCCAAGACAGGAUGACAGUGGCCGUGGCAUCGCCCAGUAUGCUCGGGCAAUCCGGGAGGCAAUGCAUGUGGCAAACCGGGCCAACAUCAUCAUCCACAUGCCCAUGUACCGGGAGCCUGGUCUAGAGGAGAAGGUGGAGACGCUUUCGUCUAUCUUCAACCCGGGAAGUGGUCCGAAAGGAGAGGGCAAGAAGGAGGUCGACCUGUUCAGUGCCUGGGACUCCUGGAACACCGUUAGAACUGUGUGCAGCUACUCGAUGCGGUUGUUUGUUGCCAUCCGAAUCCCCCGACGAGUACCCGAAAAGACUCUCCAGGAGCGGUGGUUUGCCGAGCCGCUGCAUUACUUGACUAUCAGCCAAGACAUCUUCCAGCUUAAUCGUGCUGGGCAUCCGUCCCUCAGCAGACACCACCAGGAAUUAAUCAACCGCUACAUGCGCUUGAGAAGCAUCCCAUGGCUGAUGCUUAUCGAUGUUGGGCCCCGCCCAGAGGAGAUCGCAAGCCCCAUGGACCAGGCCGCCGCCGAAUUCCCAUCGCUCGCCGAAGCCAACCAGGCUCUUAAGGGGAACCGGGUGCCACGCACACCGGCCAUGAACCCGCACGUAGGGUACAUGAGGUACCUUGAGCGCCAGCAGCCUCCCUUCUCAGCAAUGGAGACACCAGCCCUCACAAGCUUCCAGGAUUGGCUGCAGCCGCCUCUGCAGCCAUUAGCUGACAACCUCGAGUCGGCAACCUACGAGGUGUUUGAGGGCGACCCGGUCAAGUACGACCAGUACGAGAAGGCCAUAACUGAGGCCAUGAUCGAGUGGAGGGAGCUAAAGAAGCCAACAUCAACGGCAACCCCGGAAAAUCCUUCCAAUCCCGAGCUCGUGGUUACCGUCGCUGGCGCUGGGCGUGGGCCUUUGGUGUCGCGUGCGUUGCGUGCUGCCAAGAGCACUGGCACGCCCAUCCAGAUCUGGGCGCUCGAGAAGAACCAGGACGCCUAUGUUUACCUCCUGAGGAAGAACAAGGUGGAAUGGGACAACAAGGUGACCCUCGUCAAAACGGACAUGCGCGGCUGGGAGGGCCCGCGCCUCAAGGGCAGAGAGGACGUGAUCGGGAAGGUCGACAUCCUUGUGACGGAGCUUCUCGGCUCGUUUGGCGACAACGAGUUGUCGCCCGAGUGCCUCGACGGCAUUCAGAACCAUCUCGCACGCCCCCACGGCAUCUCGAUCCCGCACUCCUACACCGCCCACCUCAGCCCUAUCUCCACGCCCCGGCUCUUUGCCGAUAUCAGCUCGCGCGUUGUCGGCGAUCCCAACGCUUUCGAAACGCCCUGGGUCGUCCGCCUCUUCGCCCUCGAUUUCGUCGCGCAGAAGGUCCCCGACCACCCGCGGUUCCAGCAGGCCUGGGAAUUCGUGCACCCCAUCGACGUCCUCCGCGCCGACGAGUUCGCGGCGGUGCACGGCAAGGCCGCCAAGUACGUCACGGGCGGCCUCGGCAGCAUGUCCGGCACGAGCGGGACCAACGAGCACAACGCGCGGCACUGCCACCUGACGUUUGUGUGCCCCACGCGCGGCGUCAUCCACGGCAUGGCCGGCUAUUUCGAGUCGGUGCUGUACGCGUCCCAGACGGGCGCGGGCAAGGAGCCCGUCGAGAUCAGCAUCCUGCCGGAUCAGAUCGAUCGCAAGAGCAGGGACAUGAUCUCAUGGUUCCCUAUUUUCUUUCCGCUCAAGAAACCGCUCUACUUCCCGCAAGAUACCGAACUCGAGGUCAGCAUGUGGCGGCAGACGGACGACACCAAGGUGUGGUACGAGUGGUUGGUGGAGGUAUAUGCUUGGGUGGGCCCGAACACGCGGAUCAAGGUUGGGACGUCGGAUCUGCAUAGCAGCCGCAAGGUUGCCUGUUUGAUGUAG